UAGCUAUUCUUGUCCCCUGAGCUUGGAGCUCUGUUUAUAUCUGCACAAAUGGCAGAGGAGGAGGUUGUUCUCUUGAGCGUUUGGCCCAGUUACUAUGGGAUGAGGGUCAAUAUUGCCUUGGAAGAGAAGGGGAUCAACUACGAGUUCAAGGAAGAACCAGAAGUCCCCGGCAAGAGCCCUCUGCUACGGCAGAUGAAUCCAAUUCACAAGAAAGUCCCUGUUUUGAUUCAUAAUGGCAGACCCAUCUGUGAAUCUCUCAUCAUACUUGAAUAUAUUGAUGAAAUUUGGAGUCAUAAAUCUCCCUUGUUACCUUCUAAUCCUUACCAACGUUCACAGGCCAGGUUCUGGGCUGAUUAUAUGGACAAGAAGGUUUUCCCCUCUGCAAGAAGGAUAUGGAUGAGUAAGGGAGAAGAGCAAGAAUCAGCUAAGGAAGAGUUCAUGGAGGGAUUGAAAGUAUUAGAAGGUGAGCUUGGAGAGAAAUCCUACUUUGGAGGUGAGACCAUGGGUUUCAUUGAUGUUAGCCUUGUUCCCAUGUCGAGCUGGUUUUAUGCAUUAGGAACCUGUGCAAAUUUCCGCCUAGAAGCCGAAUGCCCAAUACUGGUAAAUUGGGCCAAGAGAUGUAUGCAGAAGGAAAGUGUUUCUAAAUCUCUUCCUGAUCCACAUAAGAUCUACGAUCUGGUUCUGCAAAUCCGGAAGUGGCAUGGUAUAGACUAAAAAAAUCUCUCAAUGUUC